AUGGCCAGCUCAGGGGGUGAGGUUCACUCCAGAAAUGGUGAACAUGGCGUAUCCUCCUUCUCAGCUUCUUCACACCAACGGAUAGUUCACAUCCCGAAUAUCCUGCCCCAUGAGCGAGUGUUUCCCAUACAGAUUGGCUCCGAGCUGUUUAAACUAUCUGGAGCAUCGAUAUCCUCCGAUGCCCCCUCCUACUUUUCCCAGUACUUCCUCUGCCAACUCAAACAAGCCUCCGACGCCGGCCAAGACCCCUCCACCGCCAUCCGCACCCUCUACAUCGACCGCGACCCCGUCACCUUCAAAGACAUCUCCCUGCACCUCCAGGGCUAUCAUGUCCGGCCUCGAGACGCCACUCAUCUUGUCCGCCUCUUUGCCGACGCCCAGUUUUACUCCUUACCCAAGCUCAUAUCCCAACUCUACGAGGAACCCAUCCACAUAACCAUCGGCUCCACCCCCUUCCAGAUCCCGCGAGAUAUCUUCUCCCUUUCCGGACCCGGGAACACGCCAAACUUCUUCACGCUCGGGUUCGCCAUCUUUUUCAGUAAUCCCGAGGAUUUGUUCCCGGGUUUGGAUAGGGAGGGACUCAUUCGCCCGCCGUCGAUAGUACCGCCCAGCGUCCCGAACCGCAGCGCAGAAGUCUUUGAGGAACUAAUGCAAAUGCUGAGGGGUUACCCGGUGAAGAUAAGGGACGAGACACAUCGCCAGGAGUUGUUGCGGGAUUGUCGGUAUUUCAAUUUUAAGGGUUUGGAGCAGAAGUUGAUUCCGCAUGAGAGGGGGUUCAACCAAGCGCGGGGACGGGAAGAGAUUGUGCUGAGGUUGAGAGACAUCCUGAAGAGCGGGAUAUCAGUUGUGAACGAGCCGGUUGUUGGGGAUCCGUUAGCGGGUUGGGUGAACUACGCCAGGCCGUAUGUGGAUGAUAAGCCGAUGGAACUCGUUCUCGAAAUCGGCGAAGAAGACACGCGGUUACACUUUGGACCUGGCGGGAAGGAAGUCCGAGCGGAAUUCUUCAAGGAUAUCAAGGCGAGAGUUGCCAAACUGUUCGAGGUCGUCGCUACCAAGCUCAACUUACCUUCUUCUACGCAACCGCUGGGACUACUAAUGGCCAAAGGGGGGAGGAGCAGCGAACCGCCCACGCCGGGAAAUACUCCCCUAAGCGAAGACCUCGUCCGAGUCAUCCUCGACCCUGAGGCAAGCAUAACGUUGGACGGCCAGCCGUGGACGCCAGAAGACUCUAUCUAUCCGCUACCCGCAACGAAACCACAAUCAACACCCCCGGCACUACCAUCCUAUCCGCCCCAUCCGCCCCCUCAUCAGCAGGCGGUCCGCUAA